CUAAGUUUAAUGUUAACUAAAAGUUAUGAUUAAAAUUUAUUUUGAACCUUGGGGUCCCUGCACCGAAUAAAAAAGUCCUAGUGGUCCCUGGUUAAAGAAAGGUUGGGAACCACUGAUAUAAGGUGUCCAUUUAAAUCGUGCAACUUAGUGAAGAAAAUACAUACAAUCGCGUUCUUGUUUCUCGCCUCAAAAUCUUUACAGGAAGCGCACGCGCGCGCAUUCCCCUUCCCAAAUAUAUAUAUAUAUAUAUAUAUAUAUAUAUAUAUAUAUAUAUAUAUACACAGGGUAUUCUAACAAUAUAUCCAGAAUAUUUUCCGUAUUUUCUUUCAUCUAAAGAUUUUUCAACCAAUUUGGAAUUGAUGUUUCAGAUUAUUUGCAGUUUAUCAGAAGCAAAUCGAAUCCGUAUUGGUUAAGGAAUCUGUCCAUUGAAAAAAAAAAAUAUAUAUAUAUAUUGUAAUCCGAAAAGUUCCCUUUUUCUAAUCGUAUUUUUCUCAGAUUUGUACAUGUACUAUGUGGUUAAUUCAUGAUUUGACGCAGGUUUCCACCAUUUCUUAUAUAUACCGCGAGUGCAAUACAAUACGAAUUAUUUUUAAUUAUACACAUACGCGUACGUAAUACUAGAAAGGUAAUAUUAUAUGUCUUUCACAUAGUAGAUAAUUAAAAGGAAUUAAAAGAAAAUAAUUUUUGUAUACGAAGGUAAAAUGGACUUUUUUUUCUCGAGAUGCGUGAAAGAUAUCUCUCGUUAAGGCAUUCACGUCACACGCGCCGUGACGUCGAUAGGAUGUAAGAUGUAAAUGGAAUGUGCUGUAGACACAUUUGCCACCCCAGGAAGCCGCGCCGGUAUCAACAUUCUGAGCCAGUAUAACACCGUACGUGACGCUCGACAGUACAUACACAAUCGCGAAUAUCGCUAAUAGUCUCGUUUUCGAUGAAAAGUUGAAGCUCUUAUCCGUUAAAAAUAUCCGUAAAACGCGAUAUGAUCUUAACAUGGAGGAAGAAGAUAUAGAUAAAUUGCUAAAAGUUCUUCAAAGGGUGGAAGAUGCUCGAGGAUGGGAGCUGUUGAAAAUCAUGUAAGUAUUUUAAGAACGAAACUUAGUUUGCAGAAAAAAAGGAAGGAAAAAUCAAAGUAUCAAGAAACAGGAAAAUCAAAUUCUCUUUCUGUAUUCUACUUGCGUUUGUCUCGCAUUUUUCUCAUUUCGUAACAUUUUCAAAAUAUAUAGAAUUAAUAUAUACAAAUCAGGAUUUUCAAAUAUGAAACAAGCAAGAGAUCCAAUAACUUGUAUAUAAUCAUUUUAGAAUCUUUCAUGUGACUUAGAUAAAUCAAGUGACGACAAAAUUUAGUCAUGUCUUGGAUGUAUAUUGACUGAAAGCAAAUCAAAACAGCCAUUCGUUUACUAUUGAAAGUCGACUCUCCGACCUUCCUGUUUCGUCUUGGCUUUAUGAUAUGACUAUGUAGUAUUUUGAUGACGAAGUACGCUUUAUUGUGUAGUAAAAACGCAGUCGUAUGUUUUGUGAUCGUAACUGCUAUAUCCUGUCAUUGAAGAAAAUUGUUGGUGCUCUCGUCGUUAUUAUCAUCGUCGUAAUUUCUAUGUCUACUUUUCUAACACUUAAAUUAAAAAAUUUAUCUUUUUAACAAUAGAGUUUAAGAUAUAAAUAAAAGGAAAGUAUUCAUAAAAUGUCUAAUAAUAUGUAAAUAAUUGAAAUUUAUUAUUCUUUAUGUUAUCCAAUUUUAGCUAAUGAAUUUCAUAAAUAAUAUAAUAAAAGCAAAUAGAAAUAAAAAUAUAAAAUAAUUUCUUAAAAUGACAUUUAUUAUAUCUAAUAAAGAAAGUAUAAUCUGAAACCUGGGUUCAUCUUCGAAUGCAUUUCGCGUGACUGAGUAUUUACAGACAAUGCGUGAAUGGAAUUUAAGACAAUUCUAUAAAAUCAUAUUGUGUGAUAAUUUGUUAUUAUUGCACAAAUUUCAAUCAUAAGAAAAAUUUUUUAAUUUUAAAUUUUAGAUUGAUACUUAUUCAUAAAGCAGCAUGCACAUCUAUAGAUUUAUUUUCAUAAAUCUUAUAAUAAAUCAUUUCACAGAAUCUUAUAUAUGUGUGUAAGCACACGGUCAAUACUUAAAAACAAAAUGUUUGAUAGUAAAAAAAAGAAUUUAAAGCUCGCAUGCUUGCUUGUUUGUACUUAAGGAAAUUUAUAUACGACAGGGCUGUUAGCGUGCAUCAAAGCGUAUUAAUGUAAGUUACUCAUCGUAUACUGCAUCUCACGCGAUGCGUUUACGUUCUUGCGACAAGUACAUGCAACUGCAAGUCGAGCGCAACAGGUAGCAAAGCCUUCUUUGCAUUCUUUCGAAUUUUCGUUACAACUCUCUCCUAAGUAUGCAAGAUACAUUUCCAUGCAAGAUUCGUCAGAAAGAGAAAGAAAGGAGAGGGAGAAAGAGAGCGAAUGAAAGAUCGUAGAAUCAGAUACAAUACAGUUCACUGACAAUGAGUGAUGGGAGGGAAAAGAAUAAGAAGAGAUCGAAAGUAUUAAACGAUCGAUCUACUAUCACGUGUCUGUUGAUAUAAAACCGGUAUCAUGAGGUACAAUAAAAGAGAUUGUUCGUAAAAAUAACUUAAAAAAUAAUCAAGAUAACGUCAGGUAAAAAUUGAAAAACAAAUAAUUAUAACAUAAUAUAAUUUAAAUUAGGACGUCAUUGUUACGUGAUAUUUUUACUUCACAUUUACCAUGCUUAAUUUGUCUCUUAUGGUAAAUACAAAUUAUAAGAAUAAUUUCAUAAUUUUAUAUUGAAGAUAUGAUUUUGCAAUGUGCUUUUAAUAAAUCGUCAAUAAAUAUAAUAUGAAAGAAAAUAAAGCUAUUUCGCUGAAAUAGAAUAAAACAGGAAAGAAAAAUCAAUUUUCUGAUAUUUGACGACGUUGGACGAUCAGUUGAAUAAAGAAUAAGGAAUGUUAACUUAUAUUACGCAUAACAGAGAGCGAAUAUUUCUUGUGAAUAAAUCAUAUAGAAGAAAUUGCGGCAACAACAUUGGCUGUAAGCACAAUAGAAACUCGCGAUCGGAUUACUUCCUGUGACAUCGCUCGCGUUUUCUUUCUCAUUCUCCAGCAAAAUUAUUCCGUUUCAAGGCAAUUCGAGAUAAAGAAAUAAUCACUGAUUUAUUGACAUCAUAUAUAUGCAUUGCAUCACUUACUAGAUAGAAUUAUUGAUAGAUCACUGAUGUAUCGAGAUUACUCGGCGAUUAUUGUAUGCAACAAAGACAUGUGCAUGGGACUACUAUAUUUAACAAGAAAUUAAUAAGACAUAAUUAAUAUUUCGACAAAAUAAGUUUAUUUUAAUUUUUGAUAACGGUAGAAGAAAAAAUUUAGAAUUUAAAAACUUAAAGAAAGAUAUUUCUUGACAAUAAAUGUUUAGUGAAAUUUAUAACACUUUUUCUUAUAUAGUUAGCAAAAAAUAUUCUAUUAAACUUUAAUAAAUGACAACAGUGAGAUAUUUUAAUAAGAGUUCUUUAUAUUCUGACAAAAAUUUUAGAUUUCAACGAAAAUUGAAUGAAUUUUAUAGAGUGCGUUAUUUUCCUCUUCUAAAAGUUUUCAUUUCUCAAAGUUAUAUAUAUUUUAAUAAAACAUCUUGUUUUAAAUCCCUCGACUACUCGGGACAGCCAAUCCCGUCAUACAUCACUGAUCCCUCACACUAUAUGCAGCAUACUCACACACACACACACAUACACACUCUCGUACGCACGGUUUCUUCCCAAUACUACAUGUACAUCUUAUGGAGCAGGUAAAACGACGCCACACAAACGCGCGUCCGCAUACAUAAAACCAAGAAUUCCUCGCGGCUGGUUGCAACAGGAGGAAGAGAACACGACGUAUCGGUAUACACAUAUAAACCGGCGCACACAGUCAAGAGUCAGAUUAUCGCUGCAGGUAGUAGAAGUAAAAGAACACACGGCGCCGCUACGCGCACAGACGAGACGUUUAUGCGUGCGGAGCAGCGCUACGCGCACGGUUUUAACGUACGUGACACACGAAAGCAAAAACACGUCACACCAGUUACGUACAACACACGCAAAUCAAGAGUCACACAUCCGUAUGCCUGCGUGGCGCGCAAGAUAGAAGGAAAAGAAUAUCCUCACAGUAUUUCGCGCACACAAAUGCAGAUAGAACGGUGAGGAACGUGCCACGCCAGUUUACACACGGCAUACGCACACAUGCGAUCCAAUCGAGAAUCGUACACCUGCCUGCGCGUGUAGAGGGAAAAGAACACGGCAUUCGCACACAGGCAAGCGAAGAAAAACGCCGCGUGCGUACCUGUGCACAGGUAAGACCGACGAGCGACGCGGCACGACACUCGUCUGAGGCCUCAGUGAGGUGGUGUUCACCGUCGUGUGUGCAGCUCCUCGUGGUUUCGCCUUCGCCUCCGCCUCCGCCUCUUCUUCCUCCUCCUGCUGCACCAGGGGGACCAGGGGACCAGGUAGACGCACGAGGACGCAUAUCGGGGUUCGUAGACGCGGAACGUAGCCCCCGGAUUGCUCUUUCGCUCUCCCAUAUCGGUAGCCUUGACGGGCGCCAGCCAGCCUGGACAUCCCAGGCGUUUAACCCGGCCUGGUCUGGCGAGCACACGUGCGUUUACCGCGGAGUGUAGCGUGGAGAGUUCGGGUUCACGGGUCCGUGAAAAAGAGAAUUUCUCCACCGAUCGCGGUGGAGCGGCGGCGUCGAAGGCGAAUUCCUACGGGGAUGUUCGAAGAGGUGGAGCGACAGGAUGUGAUCGGUGGUCAUCGGUGUGUGUGUGCGGCAACUUGAGUGCCAACGAUGUCGACGACGGACGUGGUCCGCAUCGUUCAGCAAGGAGCCGUUGCCGACGAGGACCAGGGAAGGCUGAAGGCUGAUCUACAGUACCUGAGAAGAAGGGGGCUGCUCAAACCGUCCGGCGGCGGCGGCGGCAGCGGCGAACUAUCGCAUCAAGGACGCAAAUGCGCGCGAUGCGGCGCGCCGUUCGGUAGAUUUUACAACACCGGCGCGACCUGCACGCGCUGCAGAUAUCGUGUGUGCCGGCAGUGUCGCAUCGAGAUCAGAAACCACGCAGGAGGUGACAAAGAAGUCGAGUGGAGCUGCAACGUUUGCUACAAGAUCGCAGAAUUACAUGUCGUUACCAGCAAGUGGAUGUACGAAAGUUCAAUUUCGAGCGGAUCUGUCAACGAGAAAACAGCGCAGAUCCCGGUAGACUUAUUGAAUCGCAGCAUCCGACGAGCAUGGACGAUUAAUGGUCCACCGACACGUUGGCUAGCUGCGAGAAAGUCCCCGGAAUUGCGAAUAUACCGCAGCCUACCGUCUCGCCGUCAGGACUAUCGAGAUCCGUUGGAGGAUUCAGGAUUCGACGACAGGACGUUAUCAAAGCUUGAAAAUUCACGAGAGGACGGUUUGGACGUGAAGGACGGCAUCGAGGAUAUUGCCGACAACUACAGAGAUGUAACUGAAGCGAUCGAGAAAAGCACGCCGAUUAACGAACGAACGAAACGAGAGAAAUCAAUUAAAUUGGAGGAGGAAGUGCCAUCAUCACCAGAUACUAUAAGAUUUAAUAAGAAGAACGAGCGUUCGGGUAAGGAGCAGGAGGAUCCCGUGCAGGAGCAGAGCACGCCAAGGAUAUCGUUUAUAAAACCGCCGAGGAUCCUCGCGAAGUUCAUAUCACCUGAGACGAAGUCGAGUCCGACGAAGCAUGGCGAGAGGAAAUCGAAUAUUCCCAUUUUUAAAAGGAGCUCCAAGGAGUUCGAGGACAUUCGAAGCCCACAAGAGUCGCCCAAGCGAUCGCUCAUUCCUCAGAGAUACAGAGGAAGCACCGAUGAUCUGCGUCGUAGUCGCGAGGACAUAAGCGUGCCGAGCUUGAUCCCGAAACUGCUAUCUUCCCGCAGCAAGGAGGAGCGACUGAAGCGGCAAGACAGCAAGGACGAUAUCCGUCAUUUACCGAGAUUUGCGCGAAAGGAUUUUAAGGAGGAGAACAAGUCCCCAUCGCUUGUCACUUCACCAACGUCCAUCAGCAAGGACGAGGUCUGGAAAACGGGAAUAAGGAUCUUUCGCCGUGACAAUAGUCGCGAGGACGUGGGCAGGGACAGCGCGAAUUCGAUCAAGGAAUCCGCGAAAGGAAAGCAGCAAGAGAAACAAGAAAGAACGGAGAUCGUGAACGAUGUGGGAGCGAGGUUGAAAGCCACCGGCGAACCGAGCAGAACGAGGUGCGAGGACGGCAAGGACGACGCCAACGACACCAACGAAGAAUCGUCAUCGAGGAGAGAGGAGGCGGUCGACUCGAUCGAAUCAGACUCGACACUGCUAGACGCGCGACCGAACGAGAAGGCUGAUGCGGAACACCAGGAAAGGAUGAUCAUUGCGGAAAAUAGGACGCAGGACGAGCGGAUGCGGGAGCAGGACACGAUGGUCUUAGGCAACGAGGCGAUAGACGAGAAGCAUUUGUUGGCGACCCGAGAACCGAUCGAAUCCGUCGCGGAGAACGACAAAGGGCAGGACAACGAGGAUGAAGAGGAAACACGGACGGACACUGCCGAACAGUUGUUGGAUGUCGGCAGCGACGGUGACGUCACCGGGAUCACCAGUGAAAGAAAGGGCUCGCUGGAAAUCGGUUAUGGAAAGAGACUGGACGAGUUCCAAGUGGUGCGGCGAAAGUUUUCAAAAGAAGAAUUCUCAAAUCCGGACGACACCGAUGACACUCCGAAUAAGCGUUGUUCAAGUCAUCUAUCGCCGGAAGCCAGUCCAUUGAGCACGAGAUCAUCGAGGUACAGUCCUCGGGAGAGCGAGAGCGAGCCCACUCCUGCAUUACCACGUAAAACAGGAGGAGACUCCUGUUCCGCGUCCCAGAGGAUACGCGAUACUAUUACGAGGACCAGGAGGGAGUCCAAUAGCAGCACGAGAUAUGAGAGUAGUGGUAGCGAGAGCAUCAGAUUAAGUGAGACCGGUUUGCACGGAUACGCGGAACUGGCUAGGAAGGUGAAGUUUUUCGGAGGAAACGGCAGUGGCGCGGUUUCGUCGACAAUCGGUAGCGACGAAGUUGUGCAACGCGAUAGUGCAACCAGUGCAGGUGAGGAUGAAAUCAACGAAGAUGGUCACGACAGAACAGGUCCAGUUCCUUCGCAAGGAAGGACGAUGUUGCGACGAAGAAGGCAGUUUGACGCUCAAGGUUCGCGGCGACGUGGGAGAUCGCACGCGAGAUCUUGCUGCGGCGGUGAGGAUCUGCAGAGCCUGCAAACGUUGAACCUGAUCGGACGCGGGGGUGGAAGCAGUCGGCAGCGCAGUCCUAAUCCCGCGACAGGUGGCCCAGGUCAGGAUCAACCAGCGUCCGUGGUGGAUUACAGGCGGCUGGUGUUCAUCAGCUCGGAUUCAUCGUCGGGCCGCGAGGAGGACGAUGCCGAUAGCAGUUGCUCGAGCUCGUCCUACCUGAACGGGCUGCCGCGCAACGGCAGUCACCAUCACCAUCACGCGCAGUCGCUCGAGGAUUGCGACUGGGACUACUUCGAAAGCGGCUCCCUGCCGUUGCCAACGACGCCGAUCGUCACCGUCGGCGCCGGUGUCAACGUCACCGGCACCGCGGACUCUAUCGGUCAGGACGUUUGGAGUUGCUGUCCAGGACGCGGUUCCGCUGCCUGUCAGGCCUGCGGUGGUUCCCGAAGCGCAAACGUGCUUCCGGUGCCGGUACCCAUACCGGUCCCGGUCCCGUAUCCAGUGCCGGUACCAGCCUCGCUGUGGACCGGUGAUUUCGCGGCAGCUGCGUCAUCCAUGAUAAGUCGCGGCGACGGUCACGCCGAACCAGGAACUCUGAGAUUACGAGGUGACCCGGCGGCACCUUGGUUCGCCUGGCACCCUCGAUUCAACCAGCCCCUUCAUGGUGCGCGUCUGGAUCCCCGGCUCGCUAGCACUUUUGAUCCGACCACUUGCACUUUCCACCCGCCCGAUCAGGUGUUGACCCCGAGAUUGUAUGGUCCGAUAACUGAGACAAUAACGACCUCAUCGACGAAUCUCGAGUCAUCUCAAAUAGAUCAAGAUGUGAGGGACGAAGCGAACGUCGCGCCAAAGGCUGAAGAGCUUAGGAAGGAGGAGAAUUUGUCAACGAAGUACAUCAACGAGUCUAGUUCCUCCACUACAAAUAAAAAGAAAUCAGAAGAAACGAAAAAUACCGAAGCGGAAUGCAAGAAAGGUGAAAAAGAGACGGAAGAGAACGAAGAGGCUACCGGCGAAGAUUCAUUAUCGUCAUCCUUCGAGAGAAGCGCGCAAGGAAUGUAUCAGCACUCGCGAGAGGACUCGGGCAGCUCGUCCGGGAGAUCAUCGGCGGACAGCAGCGAUCUGGAAGAGGAUUCUAGUUCGCAUAGAUUCUCCAAGGUGUUUGUGGUGAACGACGAUUCGCUCACCAGCGAUAACGACAUCGAGGACAAUGAAGAGGAUGAUUCGGAUUCCGCGGCGGAAGGGGGCGUGACCUUGAAACGCGUCACUGCGAUUCCCGAGGAAGAACCGGUGGUGUUGCAACAUGUGAGGCUGUUGAAUGAAGAUGUUCUCGUGGAGAAUGAACGGGAAACAAGCAAGAACGAACUGGAAGAAUCUACAAAACGCUCCAAGGCUUACAUCGUCGACAAUGAUCAAUCUAAAAGCGAUGAUAAAUUAUUAGAUAAACCUGCUAAUUUGAUCGACAAGCGAAGAAGUCGCAAUAAGAAGACCGGAAGUGACAAUGAUGAUAAACGACUUCCUUUUCUAUUACAACGUCGAUCGAUCCCUGAAGAAUUAUAUCUUGCAGACAAUAAUGACUGUUCUGAUAAUCGAAUCGAAUUAAAAUCUAUUAGAAUGCUAGAUCCCGAUAGUAUCGAUCCACCUGCAGCUGUCUUGAAAAUAGACGAAGAGCCUAUUUCAAAAAUACAGAUUUGCCCCGAAGCUAUUAAUAUUAAUCUGUCGAAGGAGAUUUUGCAAGAUAAUCUAAUCGAAAGUCCAAAAUCAUCUUCAAGCGACGUCUGGGAUUCGAACAUCGUACCAGAUUCUCUCGAAAUUUCCGGAGUUUCCUCCGACAUUUCAGUUUCCGAAGAGAUUGACGUCAACCAUAAGGACAAACUUGGAGUUUCAGAUAGCGAGCAAAUUGUGCGAUCGAGCAUAAAGAACGAUUGCGAGAGGCAAAAAGAUAAGCAGCGUUUAUCGGAGACAGGUCGUUCGAACGUCGACGUCAUUGCCGACGUAUCUACUGACAGUUGUACCAGCAACGAGAGCAACACCACAGGCAGUGAGGUGAGCAGUGACGAGCUUCAUGAAUAUGAAGUAACCCCGAUUGAAUCAUCUUUCGAUUUCAACAACGAGGUCGCCGCGAUUAACGACGAAUUACUAUACCAAAUCAGCAAGGGGAAAACGGAAGAUAGCUCGAGAGGCAUCAAGGAGAACGGCUAUCAUCUUCGCGAUAAUCGUGAUGACAAAAUAAGUCCGACGAUGACGAAGAGCGGCGCCAAGCGGAGCGUGCAGUCUAAGAGACCGAUCAGCGGGCGGUCUUCGAUAGAGUCGAUGAUCGGCACGAAGGACGACAACGACGACGGCGAAGACGAAGACGACGAUGAGGGCUAUCGCUCCGUUACGUGUCGUCGCAGCGGUCAAGAUGGCGGGGCAGGAGACAACGACCUGACGGCGGUAGCGGCGGGUGAGGAGCGGAUACAAGCCGACGUGGGCGACGCGAUAUCAGCCAGCAGGAUCCAGGAGAUGAUGAGGAGCGCGGAGGAGCAAGACGGCGACGGCAGCAAGGUGGACAUUGCGCAUGACGGCCCGGUGAGAGGCGAGAUCGCUGCUCAGGUGGGAGGAAAUGGUGAUGGUAACGGUGUUGGUGGUAGUGGUGAAUGCUCCGAGGAGGGGGACGCGACACGGUUUCGCUCAGUCGAGCGACGCCCGUGCACUCGGCAGGAGAAUGGAUUCCCCGCUGACGGCCAAGCGUCGGCCAAGGACCUUAUCAAAGACUCAGCCCAGCACAACAGCAGUAACAAUACUAGCGGUAGCAACAAUAAGUACAGAAGCCUCGUGAUGAUUACUCAGGAAGCGUCGUAUCAGCCGGUAAGUGUCGUUACGUCGGAUACUACGACGCUGCUGCAACCGGAUGAGAUCCAUUCGGCUGGUGGCCAGGGAGGCUUGGCCGGCUACUUCCAGCUGGCAUUGGAGGCAGCGAGCGAACCGCAGAUUCGUAAGAACGCCCCGCGCAAACCGUUGAUGGUGAAAAGACUGCCAUCCGCGGUCGCCGUCACGACGGGUCAUCAAUCAGCCGAGCCUGAAGUGGAUAGUGGAUUGAGUGUCGGUAGCGCUAGUGAAAGCGACGACGUGUCCGUGAAGAACGUGCCGAAGCCGCUCAAUUGUCGGCAGGAGAAUGCGGAUGACGUGUCGAAGGAUCGUUCCGUGUCGGAUUAUCACGAAGGUACGCAACAACGUGUUUCAUCGCAGUCUAGCGAUUCGGGUACUAGUGGCGUCAUUAUACUCGAGGAAGGUCUGGCCGAUGACGAUUCCUGGGUGGAAGAAGUAUCCCACGAUGAAGACGAACCGGGCGCGACUACUGCCACGGAAGAAAGCUCCGAAGAUGAAGCUAAUAACUUCGGUGAUCGUGAAGAAGAACUCAGGGGUUAUCGAAGGCAAGCGAUCGACUUCACUUUGCACACCAUCGUCGAGGAAUCCUGUGAGGAAAGUGAAACAGAACCUAGUUUGGCUACGGGAAGUCCCUCGAAAAAGCCGAGACCACCUUCCGCUUCAGAAUUGGAGAAAUAUUUCUUCUUUGGAUUGGGAGGUGACGGAAACAGUUCCAGCAUGGGCUCGCGCGAGGUCGACAGUUUGUCGGAAACCUCGUCAAUUUAUUCGGAGGGAUUGGAGUCGCUCGGCCAAGACGAAGCUAACGGCAGUAGUCAAAACCAGGACAGGUCGAAUAACAGUGACGGUUUCCUAAAUUCAUCUAGACUGGAAAAGUAUUAUUUAUCAGAAUUUCUCGGCUUCGAUCAGGAUAGAAGAGAUUCUGAUGGUUCAGUAGGAAGUGAUUCCGAAGGCAGACCCAGUCCAGAAGCACAAAGGAGGAAGAAAUUAGUACGUGCGAGAGGUACAGGCAGAUCUCAUAGUUCUUCUCUGGAUAAUUUGUUAGCUCUCACGCAGAGUUCACAAAAUCUGAGCUCGCAAAAUUCUCUUCAAGACCUGAGUCUUAAUCAGGAUGCACAAGAGACGCAAUCUGAAGGUUCCUCGACAGAGACAGAUGGUACUGAAGAUGGCCAAACUGCUGUAUUUGGCACGGACGGUCAGUUCGACACGGUAAAACGCAAGAAGAAAAAGCCACGAAAUCUGGGAACUCAAAGCCCACGUGUGCCAGACGAUCGAAAUAAGACGCCGGAACCCAACAGAGAAAUUACGCGGAUGAACGAAAUUGUGAUAGAAAACGAAAACGAAGCAAUGAAUUCUGAAGACUCAGAUAGAGCAAAGACUCCGCAGCCGGAGUCCGUUCUGUCUUCGUCCUCUUCACCGUCCACUCUUACAAAUAAUAGCAAUAUAAUGAAUGUAGCGUCGUCCUCGCAAAUGGAAUCUUCAAGAAACUCGGUUUCGGUGAAUUCAAAUGAUGGUCAACGAUCGAAGCAACAGUCGCGGGACUCAGGCUUCGUCGGGAGCUGUGACGAUCUUCUUCAGCAUCAGAAACUGCCGGACGAAAAUCAAACGAGUAGCACCGAAGCCGAUCAAGAAGCCGACAAAAAUCGCUUGCUCAAUAAAACUUCGGAGAAUUCUCAAGACGCGAAUCAAAGCGCGACUAAGGAAGGAGCGGCUGGCAAAAAUAACUUGACAAAGCACAUGAAUCAUGCGAAUCUACCGCACCUGGCGAAUGCUUCAUUAUCGCGCAAAGACAGUUUCAACAAUUGGUCAAGCGAUGAGGAAACGAAUCUCAUGAUGUCGAAGAUGCGACAAUUCUUCAAGACCAUGGUGGCCAAUUCGAACGGUCAAGGACCAGCUCAAGGACAAACCGCCACUAACGCAAAUUCCGGCGGUGUUUCGCCGGCGCCGAGUCCUCGGCUCCCGAGUUAUACCUCGAAAGCGCGACUCUGCGUUCCGAACCGCACUAAACCGCCGCAAUUAGUGUACUUUGAGAACGAACUGACGCGGUUGAUGAAGACGGUGCCGGGGAUACGCGACGAGCAAGUGCGCGAAAUCGUUGAAUAUCUCAGCUCGGAAGACACGUGGUCGGAUUCAUACGACAGCUCGGAUUACACUAGCUCCGACCUCGAGGGCGCCGCUGGAGGUCGCAGAUCAGCCUUGCAGGAACAGAUCUCGCAGAGCUGUCAGCAGAUCAUCAGUAAAUUCGAUACCGCUUCCGCCGGCGGUGACGCAAUUCUAUCGGACAAGGAGAGAGAGCAAAUCAAAGUACCGGGUCCAGCGAUGCAAUCUGCGCCCUGUUUAGGCAGAGAUACCGCUUUCGUUUACCAGAAGCUGGUGCAGAGCUUCACAAAAAUGACCGGUGACGGCGUGAGUUCGGACGCCAACUCCACGCCGCAUAGUAGUCCGCCACUGAUCGCCAAGGUGAUGCAUCACAUCGGCAGCCGGCUAGUAGCGUUGAUGCACGAAGUCUCGGAAGGCGGGCCAGCGCAUCAUCAUUCCACCACUUGGCGGCGAUAUUCUCAGCAUCACCGGACCCCAUCUUCAGCGUCCACCACUGAAGAUGAUGACUCUACGUCCGACUCCACCAAUGCGCCAUCGUCAGCGCACUUGCAGCUACCAAGAUCAAAGUCUCACGACCCUUUGUUGCUGAUCAACAGCCACCCGGCAGCCACCGCUGGUCAGGAAGGAGAAGAACGAGAGGCUAGUGAUUACGAAAGGUUCUCUUGGCGCGGCAGUUUUGAGUCUACGCUGAUGGCUGCCGAUUCGAGGACGAAGCUAAGCCUGUUGGCAUGUUCCGGUGACGUCAGUGGUAAUGGUAGUGUUAGUGCGAGUGCAAGUGCCCUGGCCGCGAAACGACGCAGCGCCGGCGAUUUGUUAUUCAAUCCGAAGAGCUUUUCGAGGGAGCAGCUGGACAGGGUAAGAAGCUGCGGUUCGAUUGGUGGCGGAAGCGGGGCCGGGAACGGUGGAACCGGCGGCGGUUCCAUCGAGGAAAGGAUCUGGAGCAACAGGAGGAGAUCUUCCGUUCCCGAUGCUAACACCAGGGGAGAGUCAGGUGCAUCAGCCGGCGACGAGGAUACCGAGGACGAAUUGGAAUACGGUGGAGAAUCGCGAGCGACGACUCUACCACGUGGCAUGCAAUCUGCCAUCAGUGCGGCUACCAAUUCCCUGCCGCGAUUACCUGCGGCGAAUGCACCGACCGGCCUUACGACGACGACGACGUCUUCGUCGUCGUCGGCGGCGGCAGCGACGUCGACCUCGUCGCCGAUGCACAAGGCGCAUAGCGUCUACCAUUUCCUGCCACAGCACAGCGGCGUCAAGUCCGCACGGUAUCGACCGCCCGGCUUCGCCAGGAACAGCAACAUCGGGCCCGGCGCGAUCGGCAAUGGACCUAAACGCGCCGUCAGUGCACCGGGUUUGCAAGUUUCCGGCUCGCAAUCGGCCAGCGGCAAGCGGGACAACUCCAGAUCGAGGAGACAACAAGCGAUGUCGCUCACGUCGGAUGACGGAAGCAGUUUGUCAGAGGCAUGCAGCACGCCGAUUAUCGGAGCAGGAUCACGAGCAGGCUCUAGUCAUACAGUCCUAGACAUGGACGACAUCGAUCCGGGCCAUCUCGGCACUCGAUCGUCUCUGUCGAGCCUCGGGGCACGCUCGGACUCGAUGGCGUCGGUAUACAGCGGUGCGGGCGAGGGACGUUGCUGUCGUUCCGUAGUAGUCACAGGUGAGGUAGAAUUCGCCUUGCAAUACGACUACAAAAAUCUGACGUUCGAGGUCCACGUGACCAGAUGCAAGAACCUCGCGCCCGUAGAUGUGAAGCGCAAACGAUCGGAUCCAUACGUCAAGGUGUAUCUGCUGCCAGACAAGUCGAAAAGCGGCAAAAGAAAGACGAAGGUGAAGAAGCACACGUUAAAUCCCGAGUUCAACGAAACGUUAAAGUUCCAUAUGAGCCUAAGUGGCCUGGAGACGAGAACGCUAUGGCUGACGGUCUGGCACUCGGACAUGUUUGGCCGCAACGAUUUCCUCGGCGAGGUGCGAAUGCCGCUGGAGAACAAGAUAUUCGACGAUCCGACGCCACACUGGUAUCCCCUUCAAGAAAGGACGGAACCGUUCGACGAUCCAGUCGCAUACAAAGGUGAGGUAAUCGUCGGCCUGAAGUUUGUUCCGCCGGAUCCAGCUCAGCAGGAACGCGAUCGGGAAAACGGCGUGGAACGUGGCAGUUCUAAAGCGAAGAAGAACUGGAGCCGCGGCGCGCUGCACGUGCUCGUCAAGGAGGCUAGAAAUUUGCAGACGCGCGGCAAAAACUCAGGCACCUGCGAUCCCUUCUGUAAAAGCUAUUUGCUUCCCGAUAAAGGACGAUCCGGCAAACAGAAGACCGGUGUCGUACGUAGGUCUGGCGGCUCGCCAGUUUGGGGUCACACGUUCAUCUAUAAGGACGUUAGUCUACAAGAAUUAGCGGAACGUGGAUUAGAAUUGACGGUCUGGGACCAUGAUCGAAUCGCUAGCAACGAAUUCCUUGGCGGCGUUCGUUUUAAUCUCGGCACCGGGAAGCAUUAUGGAAAACCGGUAGAUUGGAUGGACGCGACUGGUCGCGAAUUGUCUCUUUGGCAGAACAUGCUUGAGAGACCGAAUUUCUGGGUCGAGGGUGCAGUGACGUUAAGGCCGAACUUGCACAAUCACGGGAAGAACAAUGGUACUUAAAAGCAGCAAUAUGAUAAUGUCGCGUACUCUUCCCAGUUUUUAUUUUUGAGAGAAACAAUUCGGAAAUUUAGUUGAUUUAGUCCAAAUCAAUUGUAUAUAGCUCUAAAAGCGUCGUGCUAAUGACGGACGUAAUUUUAAAUAGUAUUUCCGAACAAAUAAUCAGUGCCUUCGGAAGCAACGUAAUCUUGUCUGAUCUUCCUGAAUGUGCAUAAGUAAGAAUUUCCUGCGAAAUUUUUGUCAAUCACAAAAAUCGCUCAUGAGAUUUUUAGCCUGGAGUCGAUGAUGUGUACGUUACUGUCGGUUCUGAGCUUUACAUCCUGUAUAACAGUUGUAUGUAUUAAGUUAUUUUGGGCUGUCCAUUCAUAUUUCUAUAUUGCCCGUUAUUAAUUUCUGUAUAAAUCGUGCUUUAGAAUUUCUUCGCGAAAUUUUUUCAACAUGAACACGUUACACAAGAUGCUUGCUUCGCUUUGGCUAUUCCAAAAAUAUAAUAAUUGAUAUUUAGAUGGAAAUUAAAAUCGUUAUUUUCAUGACUUUUUAAUUUGCUUAGGAUAAAAUUUAACGAUUCAAAGGAAUAUAAUAUAUUUAAUAAAAAAAUUAAAAAUUAUGUUCUUAUUAAGGAAAUAUUAUUCAAAGUGUAAUUAAAAUAUAUAAAUGAAUUAUUUCUGCAUAUUAGAACAUAAAUUGGGAAAGUAACAUUAUUAGAUUUUUCUUUAUUUUUCAUUAAUUUAUUUUUUAACCCAUUUUUUACGCAAAGCUGAGCUUUGUAACAACGUAACAUUAAUAUAACUCUUUGACGUGCCAAAUAUUAAAAAUUGUGGCGAAAUCAUACAUUUUCUUGAUAUUUUUCAAAAGUAGAUUACAAUUUACUUAAUUUUAAUGUUAUUGCAUUUUUAAAAAAUUGUUAUAACUUCAGUAAUUAUAUAAUAUCAAAGCGAGAUAUAUUUUCCUUCUCUUUUUAAAAGCUGCAUCUUUGUGUAACUCUUUGUACAUUUUUAUUUUUUCGAAUUUCUUUCUUGUCACUUUCUAUUGUGAUUGUGAAGUCUCAGAUAUGCGAGUCAUUAAAAUUUGUGCAAUAUUUUGAAGCAUCGAGAAUUCUAGGAAAAGUAUUGUUAGAUUUCUAAAACGCCAACAACGAGAUGGAAAGCAAAAGUGCGUCCGUCCAAAACAACUGGCAAGAUUAUUAUUAAUAUUCACGCGUGCAUAUGUACGCUUUUCGCAGCGAAGAAACGGCAAAUAAGCUCUUGCCGAGUUCCAAACGUUGAAUCACAAAGUAUUUCGUAGUUUUCGCGAAAUUCUACCUCACCAAAAAAAAAGUCCGAAAGUGAAUCCGACACAAAAAUAGUUAAAAAUUUUUUAGACUUUACGAAAGUGUGCUGUGUGUUACUCGAUAAUCACUACAAAGAUUGUAAUAGCAUUACAUAUGUACGAACGUAAGAAGUUUUGUGAGGACCGAAUGAACGACGGGGACCACGUUAUAUUUUUACAUUUUGAGAUUGUCAAUUUUAAAGUUUGAUUAAUAUCGUGUAAUGGCACCGUUUAAUCCGCAACAAACUUUCAUCGAAAUAGGAGAUUACAUUACGGUGAUAAUAAUGUAUACGCGAUGAAGAACUCAGGUCUUUUAUAAAAGAAGGAUACGUUUCCUUCGUUCAUUCGCUUCUCUUCGUCAAUAUCGAGCGGAUCGGACGAAAUAGGAUCAAAAGCUCAGCGUUUGGAACGUCUGAACAACAGUUGUGGACACUUUCCUUUCUUGGAGAGAAAGAUGCUUCCAGUGUGUGCAAUUAGAAACGAGCAAGUCUCCCGAGUGAACGAACGAGCGAGUGAAGGAACGGUGUAUUUAAGGGAUUUAAAUAUGACCGCUUCCUCGAGCAAUUUAAACGAAAACGCACUCUUGUAGAUGUUAUAUUUAUACGUAUAUACGUGUAUUAUGCAAACGUCGAAUCCGUCGCCGCUGAAAUUCCCGGAAGAGAAACUCGCCAUUCAUAAUUACAUUUCCAAAAUUAUAAAAGCUUUUCCUCCGGGAAUUUUAGGACGAUUGUAAAAGGCUCGUAUUCGCGGUGUGCGUUUCAGCGGCGACCCGUUUUUUGUGUCGUCCAUUUAGCGUUAAACGCAACUGCUCUGAUCCGAUAUUCGAUACAGUCAGUCAUGCAUUUGGCGCGAGAUGCACCGCUAGAUCGUGUUAUAAAUAUAUCGACGGCUCUCGAAGGUUCAAGGAUAAAUCGAAGGUCCGAACUGAUGAACUCGUACUUAAUUGAUUUAUUAUACCUUUGAUUAUUUAUGAGUAUAACAUCGUAAGUCGUUAUUAUCUCUUAAGACUCUCUGUCUCUCUUCCUAAAAACAGGGUUAACGAAAGGGAACUGUGAAACUGCCUUUAACGUAGAGAUUCGUGUGAUGCGUAAACUCCCUGGCUAAAGAUAGAUGAAUUAAAAAUUUUCAAUUAGAAAAGAAUCCGCUUUCUUCAGGUGCAAUCAAUCCGUAUUAGAAAUUUAUUUAAAAUUUUUCGAAUUUUCUUUCUGAUAUAUAAAAAAAAUAUAUUCAAGUUAAGAAAUUUGGUUUAGAUUUAAUUUUUUAAGUUAAAAGCAAAUCAAUUUAUUCGAUUUAUAUCCUGAAGGCGAUUUAUAAAAAUAAAAAAAAAUAAAUUUUAAAAUUGUGAAACGUGUCAAACUUUUAAAGGAGUAUGUAUUUAUUGAAUUUGUAAAUUCAAUAGAAGUUUGAUGUGAAUUCUUUUUAAUUCAACUAUCCUUCGUAGGGUCAAUAUGUGUGUCUUAAAUUAACUAACAUAAAUUCUAUGAGAUAUACAUAGUUAUAUAAGAUUUCGACAUUCCUGAACUUAGUGUCGUUGCGAUAAUUAUAUGUCGUACGCAUUUACGGACCAAUAGAGACUCGAGGAUUUUAUUAACCCAUUGCGUUUUCUAUCCCGAUAGAGCCUCUAAAUUACUCUACGUAUGUUAGUCCAGUUAGUACUUAAUGUUAUAAAAUGUAAUGUUGAAACUUAGCAAAUCAGACAUCUAUUUAUAUGUCGCUCGUCGGUGUACAUGAUAAUAAAAGUUUUAUACGUUUACUCGUA